AUGGAAUUCGUCCGUUUGCCAUUCGACCUCCAAAAUGCGGUGUUCGAUCACCUCGAGCCGGAUGACCUCAUUUCCCUCCACCGUGCCACCCAACAAUUACGCGUACGCAUUAAUGGUAGAGGUCUUCUACCGGGUCGCGUGGCGAAGGUGACUAUCGACGGAUUGAUAGUGCGAGGCGGCCAGCCAAAUGAAGUAUCCAUCCUA